ACCCAAAGAGAAGGGAGGUAUUGCAGGAAUAUACUAUUCGCUGAAGGAGGAACUGAGGACACAUUUGUGGGAAGAUACAGUGCCAUAGUUUGGAUGUGGAGCAGACGCGGUGUCUCUGGGUGUUUUGUGGCAGUGACUGUAUCUGAUGGAACGGCUGGGGGAUAAUGAGCUCCUGCGCUUUUUCCGGCGAAGUAAAACGGAAAUGUCCUGCAUGGAGAACCCGCAAACCUUUCUGCGACAGCUCCGGGACUACGACCUGCUGCUGGAGGACAGAUACCAGAAGGUGAGUCGCAUGCAGAGUAUUAAAAACAUAAGGAACGGUCUCUACGAGUUUCUGGACCUGUUGGAGAGGAAGCAACCACAGGACAUCAAAGUGUUCUGGAGCUGUGUCUUCAAGGAGACCAUCUUGAACGAGUACCCCACCCUGCGACGGCUGAGAAACGACCUCAUGAACGGGACUUUCCAAUCCGACAUACCUCCUCUUGAGAGGUCGGAAACAGAGGAGGCAGAUAAAGGGAAAAGGAAGGAUGUUUCAGAAGAUGAGGAGGAAGCGGAAAAGCAAGAGAGCUCUGUUAAAAAGAAGAGAAAACUGAAAAAUAGGGACGUGUGCGACGAAGAGGAGGAGCAGCCAGGUACGUCAUCUCGGGUGACUCGGGAGAAAAUACACUUCUCCUCUCCCCUGAAGAAGGGAGAGAAGAACAACCUCUACAAGUCCCAGCUGCCGGUGACCUGUGGAGAGAAGAAGGGGAUGCUCAGCAGAAGAAGACUGGCUAAUGAUGAAGAAGGAGAGAGAGAGGAACAGACAGACGCCAGCCAUGACAGUGGCAGGAAGGUGUUCAAAGUCACAUGUGGACCUUUAGCGGGGGACUUACACGAAAAACGAUUUGCAACAGAGAUCUUAGGGAAGAGUAUUCGUACUGAGACCAAAUGGAUGACCCCAAUGCAGUUCAUGCAGGAGGCAUGUCCAACAUAUUUGUCCUGGAAGAAAGACAUUGAGUGUGAAGGGAAAGCACUCGGUGAUCACAUAAAGGCCAAUAUCUUGAUGAUCCACGAAGUGCAGUGUGAUUGUAAACUGUGCAAACCGCAAAGUAAGGAUCUGGAUGAUGAGAAAAACGAUGACGAGUGUUUCAUCUGUAAAACUGAAGAAGACGAGUUUGUGAUGUGUGAUAAAUGCCCUCGCUCCUUCCAUCAGAAAUGCCACCUUCCUCAUGUAGAGGACAACAUCAUAGGCGAUGGAAGCCAAUGGAUGUGUACGUUCUGUGUAUACAAGGCCAAUGAAAACCUUUACCCCAAGGAGUCGGAAAGAGAAGCAGCCUUGUCUCGCACAAUAUCACAAAGACUGCUGCAUUGCCAAUACCUCCUUCUGUGUCUGCGCAGUGCUGAUAAGGAUCAAAUAUUUGCUUCUAACCCAUGUGGUUUGGAACGAUACUCCUCUGUGAUUAAAACGCCAAUGUGGCUGAACAAUGUAGCCGGCAAACUCCAGAAGAAACUCUACCAGACUGUCGGAGAGUUUGUGUCCGACGUCCAGCUCAUUUUCUCCAACUGUGCUUCAUACAACCAAGGCAAUGCUGGAUACCUUGCGUUGGGAAACAGACUGAAGGAGUUGUUUGACAAGGAAUUUAAUAGUGUGUUCAACAUCUCUGAACAAACUGUUGGCUGACAGAUUUCAUUUUUUAAGCUCAGUAGAUACUGGGAAACGGUUACAAAAUGUGUAAAUAGCCCUGUUUUCGACAUAUCCCUUGUAUGUGGAUAAUAUAUUCCAAACAGAAAAGCUGCUAAUCAAGAGAAGGCAAUGGAACUUUACUUGAUUUAAGACACAACUUAUCCAGUUUACCUAACGUACUUUUUAAAUUACAUUGAAUUUCAAAGUGUAAACCUGUGGAAGGUACAUCAAAAGAUGUCGGAUUUACAGGUCAUAAACAGUACUUCCAGAUAGGUUAGAAGUUGUAAAAGCCUUUUGAAAUUGCCUUAAGUGAUGUCACUUGAGUCAGCGUUGCCUCUUUGUAUAUAACAAUCCGGGGUUAAUGUAAUAAGUGAGAUGGCCAGACCUUUUGAGUCGGCUCCAUAUAUCUGCUUGUGUAAUGCAACUAGUAUAUUCUCCAACCUUAUGUUGCGUUUCAGUCAAAGGUCCAAAAGUUUUUCCGGUUAAAGUUUUCAACUUCCUAAGCAGUGGCGGCCGGUCCAUAGGGGCGCUAGGGGCGCCGCCCCACCUCUUCCCAUAUUGAAAAAAAAAAAAAAAAAAAAAAAU